ACCUCUUCCACCCUCAGUUACCAUCACAUUUCAGUUCCAUUCCAUGUUCCAUGAUUUCCACCACCAUCGUUCUCUUUUUUCUCUUACUUUCUGGGGACUUUGCUGUCUGAUGAAAAACCACUCUAGCUUAUUCUACUGUCUACAAAUAUUCUUCUGAAUUCAGUUGUUUCAAAACAAAACAAAACCAAAUAAAGAAGAACAAAAGGGCAUUCCAUUCUCUCCCUGGCCAAGUUGUUUUUCCAAUGAAAAUUAAAACUUUGCUGUCUAUUUGUUAUUGAAUCCUCGUUAGCUUGAUUGUGAUCAGAAUUCUUGGUUAAGGAAGCAAAGAGGUUGGUUUUAGAGUAAGUGGGAAUGGAAAACGUUUCGGUUCUGUGUAAGGAAGAGGUUCCGAUGGAUUUGCCUCCAGGGUUUAGGUUUCAUCCAACUGAUGAAGAGCUUAUUACUCAUUACCUUUACAGAAAGGUAACGGAGACAAACUUCUCAGCUAGGGCCAUUGGAGAGGUGGACUUAAACAGGUCUGAACCUUGGGAUUUGCCAUGGAAGGCCAAAAUGGGAGAGAAAGAAUGGUACUUUUUCUGUGUGAGAGACAGAAAGUAUCCAACCGGUUUGAGGACGAACAGGGCCACUGAAGCAGGAUACUGGAAGGCCACAGGGAAAGACAAAGAGAUCUUCAGAGGAAAAUCUCCUGUGGGAAUGAAGAAAACUUUGGUUUUCUACAAAGGAAGGGCCCCCAAGGGAGAGAAAACUGAUUGGGUCAUGCAUGAAUAUAGACUUGAGGGUAAAUUCUCUGUCCCCAACCUCCCCAAAACUGCAAAGAACGAGUGGGUGAUUUGCAGGGUGUUCCAGAAGAGUUCGGGUGGGAAGAAGACUCAUAUUGAUGGGAUAAUGAUGAUGGACUCUUACGGAAACGAAUUGGGUUCAUCUGCUUUGCCACCUCUUACUGAUUCCUCACCUUCCAUUGGCAACACCAAAGCACUGAGUGUGACUGAACAGGUUUACGUGCCCUGCUUCUCCAAUCCAAUUGAUGUUCCAAGAGGGAUCUUCGAUUCCUUCAGCAACAUCAACGUCAUCAACAACAACAACGCCCUUUAUGGGGUUUCUUCAAACCAUUCAUUCUACUCCACUCAAGGGUUUCAACUUCAGGCUCCACCAACGUUGCCUUCACCCGGUUCUUCAAACCAUUACCUCAGAUCCUUCUUUAACAACCAUGGAAAAGGAUCAUUCUUGAGGAAUGGCUUUGAACCAGAGACGGAAAUGGUCAGUGUCUCACAGGAAACAGGUGUUUCUACUGAAGUGAACGCAGAAACCUCUUCGGUUGUGUCAAAUCUUGAGAUGGGGAAUAGACUCUUUGAGAAUCGAAACAACCCAAUUGGUUCAGCUGCACCAGUGGACCUUGCUAGCUUGUGGAACUACUGAUCUCACAUGAAGAAAACAAAUCCAACAUUUUCAGCAGAAAAAGAAUAUCCGCAUUUACUAUUUAUUCUUUGGGUUUGAUUGGGAUGUUGUCCUUACUGCUGCAAUAGAUUUUAACUAAAAGAUGCACUGUACUGUACAAUAGCAAAACAUAUAUUUUGUACUGUAAAAAAUCUUCUGAACUCUGUUUUGGUGGUUUGAUACUCUAGGCUUGUUGUUGUUGUUAUGGUUUGUAUGGUAUGAACAUGAUUACUGUGUAUCAGCUUUUAUUAAAAUUAAUACUAGAAUGAGACACGGUUUGGUCUCAUUUUUU